AUGGCUCGUAACGAAGAGAAAGCGCAGUCGAUGCUGAAUCGCUUCAUCACCCUGAAGAACGAAGAGAAGAAGAAGCCCCGCGAGCGCCGCCCUUUCCUCGCCUCCGAAUGCCGCGACCUCGCCGAGGCCUCCAAGUGGCGCCAGCAGAUCAUGGGAGAGAUCGGCCGCAAAGUCGCCGAGAUCCAAAACGAAGGCCUCGGCGAGCACCGCCUCCGCGACCUCAACGACGAGAUCAACAAGCUCAUAAGGGAGAAGUCUCACUGGGAGCGCCGCAUCGUCGAGCUCGGCGGCCCUAAUUACGCCAAGCACGCCCCGAAGAUGACCGAUCUCGACGGCAACAUCGUCGACGUUCCAAACCCUAGCGGCCGCGGCGCUGGUUAUCGGUACUUUGGUGCGGCGAAGAAGCUUCCCGGUGUGAGGGAGCUUUUCGAGAAGCCGCCGGAGCUGAGGAAGCGGCGGACGAGGUAUGAUAUAUACAAGAGGAUUGAUGCGAGCUAUUAUGGAUAUAGGGACGAUGAGGAUGGGGUUUUGGAGAAGCUGGAGGUUGUGGCGGAGGAGAAGAUGAGGGCCGAGGCGGUGGCGGAGUGGUGGAGGUUGGAGGAGAUUAGGAGAGAGGCCAAGAGAGCGGUGAAGAGUGGCGAAGUGGUGACGGUGGCGAAGGCUAAGGAGAUUCUGGUGGAGGAGGAGGAGGAGGUGGUGGAGGAAGAGAGGCAGAGAGAGAGGGAGUUGUUGAAAGAGAAGAGUGAGAAAGAGAUGGAGUUUGUGGCUCACGUGCCGCUGCCCGACGAUAAGGAGAUUGAGAAGAUGGUGCUUGAGAAGAAGAAGAAGGACUUGCUGAGUAGGUAUGUCAGUGAGGAACUGCUGCAGGGCCAGACUGAGGCUAAGCAGAUGCUUAACAUUAAGCGGUAGCUCCCUGAAAGACAGGUUCGACUGGUUCGUUGGGUCUGUCAUAUCUGUUGAGAGUUUGUUGAACUUGGCAGUUAGUGGUUCUUGAGGAAUCAAACAGGGCGUGGAGGAGUGUUAGGGCAUAGCACCUUAGAGGUCGGGUUUGGAGGAAUGCCGCCAACAAGUGCACUGAUAUCUGCUUCCUCAUAGACUAGCAGCUCAGGAGUUUCGUCUACUUAGUACCUGAUCUAAAUCACAUGGCAAUCCUUAUGUCGCGCCUUUCCUAGUCCUUUGGUGGCCCAUGCGUCUUCUCUAUUGCACACAUUGGUUUGCAUGAUUCUGUAUUUUAAGAUGAUGUUUACUUGUAGCAAUUUGAAUGGAGAUCCUUGGAAAUUAACUAUGUUAAGUUUGCAGUUCAGUCUGUUGCCUCUUUCUGAAAUGAGCAGUAGAUUUCAUAUACG